UUUCCCACCAUCGGCUGGACAUGUCUCUGCCUCUGGAGCUGGGCUCCUUUCAUCGGGACCAGGCUCUGGGCACACUGGAGCGCCAGCUGAUAUGUCCCAUCUGUCUGGAGGUGUUCACGAAGCCUGUGGUCAUCCUGCCCUGUCAGCACAACCUCUGCCGCAAGUGUGCCAAUGACCUCUUCCAGCCAUCUUUGUUCCAGGCACGGGGUAACAUGGUUGGUGCUGGGGGUCGCUUUCGGUGCCCAUCCUGCCGACAUGAGGUGGUGCUGGACCGGCAUGGAGUCUACGGGCUACAGCGAAACCUCCUAGUAGAGAACAUUAUCGAUAUCUACAAGCAAGAAUCUUCCAGCUCCAGGCCACCAGCCAAGCCCACAGGCCAGCCCACCUGUGAGGAGCAUGAGGACGAGAAGGUCAACAUCUACUGCAUGACCUGCCAAAUACCCACAUGCUCCCUCUGUAAAGUAUUUGGGGCACACAGCACCUGCCAGGUGGCACCUCUGCAUGAUGUGUACCAGCAGCAAAAGGUGGAACUCAGUGAGGGGAUUAAUGCUCUGGUUGCUGUAAAUGACUACAUCCAAGGAUUUAUUAAUGCAUUGGAGGAGACCUGCAAAAACAUUGAGGACAACUGCAAGAGCCAGAAGCAGAUCCUGUGUGAGAAGUUUGACCGCAUGUACAGCAUCCUGGAGGAACGCAGGAAGAUCAUGCUGCAGCGCAUCACUUAUGAGCAGGAGGAGAAGACGGGGCACACCCGCUCCCUGGUGCGAGCCUAUGGGGAGCACGUGGAGGCCAACUCCAAACUGGUGGGGACAGCCUUGCACACUAUGGAGGAGCCUGAAAUGGCCACCUUUUUACAGAAUGCAAGAGCACUCAUCGAGAAUUUGACAGAGGCCACCAGCUCUUCCACAGUGGAGGCCCUAGAGCCAGCCUUUGAGAACAUGGACCAUUACAAAGUAGACUUCAAUGCAGAGGAGAGGGUGCUGUACCAGUUGGACUUUGUUAAGACUGAGGAGGAAGUAGAGGAAGAGCCAGAGCCAGAACCCGAGCAGGAGGCAGAACCCGUCCCAGAGCCGGAACCCGACCAGGAGGCAGAACCCGUUCCAGAGAGUGAGCCCGAGACAGAGCCAGUGCUGGACCCAAAGGGGGACGGCUGUGUGGCCACUGUCCUCCCAGGGGAAUCAGAGGACAUUCGAGGUCAGGCAGAGGGAUGUGCAGACCCUAAGAAAGAGCUUCAGUACGACAAACAUGAGGGGCUAAGCCUUCAGCAGGCUGUCAGCCUCAUCUUUUACAUCCUGGCUUUGGUGAUCAUCCUUCAACGGGUCUGGGGUCAUAUUCAGUGCAUCACUUGUACAUAGCAAGGCGGGCCUAAUGGACCAUAACUCAAUCAAGAGAGGAUCUGGCAGUCCAACACAGGCAGAAAACCAACCCAAACCAGCCCCAGCCAGUCAGCCCAGCCGUAUGAUCUUCUCCUUCUCCUGGCUGAAUGCUCUCUCCAAAAAGAAGAAGUAAAGGGAAUGGCGCAUGCCCAGCAUGUCCUCAGUCCAUCUCUAUGGACAGGCAUAGAUACCAGCACAGUGCUGGCACGCUGAGCUUGUUACAAGCGCAUGGAACUCUGGUUAAGAUGGCAUGAGGAGGUUCCUGAAAAGGUGUACUGUCAAAGAAUCCCAACAUGCUGCAUGAAAAUUUUGAGGAAA